GAUACUGGCCGGGGCCAUCGAACUUGCAACGACCUCCACGGCGGCCUGCCUGGUGCUGAUGCACGCUCAUGCACACCCGCACGAGACGGGCAAUGCUUGCCUUGCGCGCCAAUGGCUGGAUCUGCUGCGUGCUGCCGCGGAAAGUAUCUCCACUUCCGUGCAAGAUGUGGUCGGUUCUGGCUGCCUACUACCUCUGCUGAUCUCCAGCUUCCUUGGCGCACUGAAGUCACUCGCGGCAGCUGACCUGGUCGCUCUGGAUCAAAACGAGGCUCUGCUCUAUGCCCGCAACUUCCACGACAAGGACUGUUCUGUGAGUCUUUUCCACCG